AUGGCCUCCCCCGUCGAAAAGUGGUGGAAGAAUUCCAUCGUCUACCAGAUUUACCCCGCAAGCUUCAAGGACUCCAACGGCGAUGGCAUUGGUGACAUUCCGGGCAUCAUCUCCCAGCUCGACUACAUUGCCAGCCUGGGGGUAGAUGUCGUCUGGAUCUGUCCCAUGUACGACAGUCCCCAGCAUGACAUGGGCUACGACAUCUCCGACUAUGAAAAGGUCUACCCUCCCUAUGGUACGGUCGCAGAUAUGGAAACCCUGAUCAAAGCCUGCCACGAGCGCGGCCUCCGAAUCAUCCUCGACCUCGUCGUCAACCACACCUCGAACGAACACCAAUGGUUCAAGGACUCGCGCUCCUCCAAGACCCACCCCAAGCGAGACUGGUACAUCUGGCGACCAGCGAAAUAUGAUAAAUACGGAAACCGCAUGCCACCGAACAACUGGCGCGCCAUCUUUGGUGGUAGCGCAUGGGAGUGGGACGAGCAGACGCAGGAAUAUUACCUGCACUUGUUCUGCGUGGAGCAACCAGAUCUCAACUGGGAGAACCCCGAGGUUCGCCAGGCGGUCUAUACAUCUGCGAUGGAGUUUUGGCUGCAAAAGGGUGUCGACGGCUUCCGAGUGGAUACCGUCAACAUGUACAGCAAGGACCCCGCGUACCCAGACGCGCCAGUCACCAGCCCACAGUCAGAUACCCAGGUGGCCUUUUCGUUAUUCUGCAACGGGCCCCGUAUCCACGAACACAUCAGGGAGAUGAAUGCGGUGCUGGCCAAGUACGAUGCGAUGACCGUCGGUGAACUCGCACAAACACCUACGAUGGAGGGCGUGCUCCGCUAUGUGUCGGCGGCCGAGAAGCAACUCAACAUGGUCUUCUCCUUUGACGUGGUCGACCUCGGCAUGGGCAAGGACUACAAGUUCCUGACCGAAGUCCGCGACUGGAAGUUGCCCGAGCUCAAGACCGCGUUUCAGCGCACACAGAACAUUGUCAACGGGACCGAUGGCUGGACCACGGUCUUCCUGGAGAACCAUGAUCAAGCGCGCUCCAUCUCUCGCUUCGGCUCCGACAAGACACCGGAACUCCGCGACGCUUCAGCAAAGAUGCUUGCCAUGAUGCAAAGUACCCUGUCUGGUACGCAGUUUGUCUACCAAGGACAGGAGAUUGGCAUGGUCAACGUUCCGGAAUCCUGGUCGUUUGAAGAGUACAAGGACGUCGACAGCACCAACUACUACCACAUGGUGCGAGAGCUGACAAACAACAACCCCGAGGACAUGAAGAAGGCCAUGCAGGCGAUGCAGCAUCUCGCUCGGGACCACGCUCGAAUUCCGAUGCAGUGGAGCGCAGAGCCGAAUGCGGGAUUCACGUCUGCGACCGCGAAACCCUGGAUGCGUGCCCACGACAACCAUACCGAGGUCAAUGUGGAAGCGCAGGAAAAGGACGAGUCAUCCGUGCUGUCCUUCUGGAAGAAGAUGAUGCGCCUGCGAAAGGAGUAUGCGGAUCUUUUGGUGUUUGGAGUGUUUGAGCUCCUGGAUGAGCAGAAUGGGGAGGUGUUUAGUUACCUGAAGACAUCCAAGGACCGGCGUAUGUUAGUAGCUUUGAAUUUCACCGAGGCACCGCAACCACUUGUGUUGCCCGAGGGGGUGGAAGAGAAGGAACUCAAGUUGGUGGUCAGCAGUGCUGGCGAGAAGAGCGACGGGGAGCUCAAGGCGUUUGAGGGAAGAGUCUACGAGGUCUUGGCCUAA